UGGGCGGUCACGAUUCACGCACGAAGGCGAGGCGAGCCCAGUCGAGGCGGUGGGUGGCGCGAGAACACCCGUCCCUUCUUCCCUGUGUGUGUGCGCGCCGUCGAGUCUGCUCCGUCGGCAGUGUCGCUUCCUCUGCGUGACAAGUACUUGAAGUGAAUGAAGGUUUCGAUCUCCGUAUUCGCAAUCUGGUUGUGGAUGCAGUGUAGAUUGUGAAUAAGACUGGAUAAACUCGAUAGCUAGAAAGCAAAAACGAUCGAAAAUACACAAGACUUUAUCAAUCCAAGGAUCUAAUGAUACCAUAAGUGAACACAAGGACACCAAGAAGUAUCAGCUAUUGCAUUCUUGGUCACAGCGCAGCACCAUGGAGGAUCGACAGGCCGUGCGGCCGAAGAUCUCCGGAUAUACCUGGCUUCUUUUGCUUGCAGUCGCCUCAGCUGCAGGAGACUUGGAGCCAACGUUUGGAAGAUGCUGCGCUUUUGGGGCCAACUGGGCCAGGGAGUCCCAGCAGUGCGCCACCUUCCCCAUACCGGUCGCCGGCGUGCCCUCAGAGCACCAGUCUAUCUGCAUCACAGCGGCUGGAAUCUGCUGCCUUCGAUACUACAGAGAUAAGCAGUGUCAGCAAGGCAAGCAAGCAGCUCAAGCGGGCCAAGAAUGCACAGCUAUUACGGACGAGGGAGGCGAAUUUUAUAAGGACUGCUGUGAUGGUUGCAAGCUUGGCCUAGUCAGUGGAAACAUGGGGAUGGGAUGCAACUCACGCUUUACAUUCGGCUUCCCCUGGGACACUGCCUAUUUCCACUGCUGCAGCCAGGCAUCUGUUGCUGCUUCGGGUGUGUCAGAUCCUCAACAGCCGGCGUAUGGGGGCGGCAGCAGCAGUGCUAUUGACUUCAAUACACUUUAUCCGGGUGUCACCGACCCAGUUGGUUUAGUCCCAGAAUCAGAAGAUCUCUGUGCUAGGUUCCCAGGGAAGUUGUGUGCCCACGUGUGUGUCCCAACUCCAGGCUCUUACAGAUGCCAGUGCCGAGCUGGCUUUACUCUCUCGGUAGAUGGCAAAACCUGCAUCCAGGAAGCUGUUACUGAUAGAUGUCAAAUCAACAACCCAUGUGCCCACAUUUGCAGAGAUACAGGAAUAUCUAUUGAAUGCUUAUGUAAUCCGGGCUAUGCAUUGGCACGCGAUCAGAGAUCUUGUGAAGAUGUGGAUGAAUGCAUAUUGCAAACAGAUAACUGCAACAGGACAUCGCAUUUUUGUGUGAAUACUCGCGGAAGCUUCACUUGCCAGAAGAAAAGCGGACCCACAGACUGCAUUGCUGGCUAUAAGUACAGUGCUGAGCAGAAGAUUUGUAUAGAUGUGGACGAAUGCGACGAAAAUUUACAUGGCUGUGACCCGGAAAAGGAACAAUGCCGGAACACCGACGGGGCGUACGAAUGCGACGAGAAAUGCGACGAAGGGUUUCAGUUCAGCCUUGCUCUGAGAACGUGUGUUGACCAAGACGAAUGUGUGGACGAGCCCUGUGAUCCCGGCUGGCAGUGUCACAACACAGUGGGGUCUUUCCUGUGUCAUGAGCUGCCAAAAGCCUUCUGUCCAGCGGGAUAUAAACCCUCGAACGGCACCACCACACGCUGUGAAGAUGUAGACGAAUGUGUUGAGGGUCUGCACACCUGUCAUCCAGAAACAGAAACCUGCAUUAACGAGAUUGGCAAAUACCGUUGUGAAGCACUCAGUAUCAAUGAAGUUGAUUUUGGUGUUAAUCCAUAUGAAGCCCUUCCGCGAGCCACGUUUCAGCCACCAGUUCAGGAGUGUGCUGAAGGCUUUGGUUAUGAUCUUAACACAAAGAGAUGUCUUGAUGUUGAUGAAUGUGGGGCUGGCCUGCACAACUGUACCCUGUCCGUCGAACGCUGUAUCAACACUUUAGGGGGCUUCAUAUGCAGACCAAGAAGAAGAUGUAGUGCUGGAUUUGUUCCUGAUCCAGUAACUGGAAGAUGUAAAGACGUGGAUGAGUGCUUGGCUGGUGUGGCUAAGUGUCUUCCUGGGGAGAUCUGCAUCAACACCGAAGGAGCCUUUGAGUGCCGUGUUGAGUGCCAGGAUGGCUUCAGAUAUGAUCCUACAGACCCAGCGGUGUGUGUAGAUAUCAAUGAGUGUCUUGAGUCACCAUGUAGACGUGGAACCCGGUGUGUUAACACUGAAGGCUCUUAUAGAUGCACUCCUUCAACUACCACAACUGAUACAUCAUCACCAGUUGUUACUACAAGUCCGGGACCUACUCCCUGUCCAGACGGUUUUGGGAGAAAUUCAAACAAUCUACAAUGUGAAGAUAUUGAUGAAUGCCUUGAACGAGUUUGUGAGACAGAACAACUUUGCCAAAAUACCUAUGGCUCAUAUAUAUGCAUUUGGCCCCCAUGUGAUGAAGGUUACCGGAGGGAUCCGAACACCAACGUCUGUCGUGAUAUUAAUGAGUGUGACGAAGGAAGUGACACAUGCCAAGUUGGUGUAGAAGAAUGUGUCAACACACAGGGAGGCCACACAUGUCAACCAAAACCAUGCCCAAUUGGAAGAAAAAGGCAUCCCUCAAACCCUAGACGUUGCACUGAUAUCAAUGAGUGCGACACAACUCCCUGUGGUCCAGAGGAGCAAUGCAUUAAUACAUUUGGGUCGUAUCAGUGCCGACGCCUAGCCCCUUGUCGUCCAGGCUUCAGAAGAAAUAGUGAAAGCAGGCAGUGUGAAGAUGUUGAUGAAUGUGAAGAAAAUGAACCCUGUGAGGAAAAUGAACGCUGUUUGAACACGAGAGGAAGCUAUAGGUGUCGUACUCUCGAAUGCAGUACAGGAUAUCAACGUGACAUAUUUGGACGCUGCAGAGAUAUUAAUGAAUGUGAGACUGGGGAUCAUAAUUGUGACGUUUCCAAGGAGGAAUGCAUCAACACACAAGGGAGCUUCAGAUGCAAAAUUCUGCCAAAUUGCACACAAGGCUUUAAACGGGAUCCAAACACAAAAAAAUGUGUUGAUAUUGAUGAGUGUAAGGAGGAGACACAUGAUUGCCGUGGUGGCGAGAGAUGCUACAACCAAUAUGGUCAUUAUACCUGCAGUGGUUCCCCAGCUGCUUGCACAAAAGGGUUCAGGUACUCUUCAUCAGAUAGACGGUGUCAUGAUGUUGAUGAGUGUGCGGAAAAUAUCGACUCCUGUGAAUGGUCCACUCAAACAUGUGUCAACUCUGUGGGCAGUUACAGGUGCAUUGAUCAACAACCAACAUGUGACUUUGGCUAUAGGUAUGACCAUGAACAGAGGGCAUGCAUAGAUAUAGAUGAAUGCCGUGAGAAAAAACAUGAUUGUGAGGAUGGUCAAUACUGUGUUAACACUUUGGGGUCCUAUCAGUGUCACACCCAUGGGAGUGCUAGCCAGACAUGCCAUCCUGGAUAUACUUUCAAUAGAACAGCAAGAGUGUGCAUGGAUAUUGAUGAAUGCUCGGAGGGAAUUCAUGACUGCUCAGCAUCAGAGGAAUGUGUCAACCGGAGAGGGGAUUAUGCUUGUCACCCAAAAGAGGAAGUGUCCAAUUCUGUAACCACAGUCCCAAGCAGGGAAAAGGAGGGUUCUGACACUAAUGAAUCGGAUCAAACACAGGAGUCUGGAGGUAGUGGCAGUAGUAAAAGACUUCGCUGCCAAAAUGGCUAUCGUUACAAUAGAAGACGGAGGGUCUGUGUAGACAUUAAUGAAUGCGAAGAAGGUCGAGCUAUUUGCAACAAACUGACAGAGGUCUGCAUUAAUACCAAGGGUGACUACUGGUGUGCACCUGCACAUAAACCUGUGCGUGCCACAACAUCCUCUACCACAACCACCACCUCUACCACCACAACCACAACCACCACUCCUGCCCCUCCACCCCUUCCUCCUCGCCCUCAAGCUCCUCAGUGUCCUCCUGGGACAUUAUAUAAUACAGCAUAUAGAAGCUGUAGAGAUAUUGAUGAAUGUAAUGACAACCCAUGCAGAGAAUUUGAGGUUUGUGAAAAUACCCAAGGUUCAUACAAAUGUACAUGCCGGGAAGGUUUCCAAAGAAGUUCAUCUACUGGUGAAUGCAUAGAUCUAAAUGAAUGCCAGCUUGGUUUACACAGCUGUGAAACAACACAAAGAUGUGACAACACUAUUGGCUCUUAUGCUUGUAUACGCAUUGCUGGAUGUGGUACAGGAUACACUUUGAAUCACAAUACUGGAGAAUGUGAUGAUGAUGAUGAGUGUACGCUAGGAACUCAUGACUGUGAUCAGCUGGGGCCGAAGUAUGAAUGUUUCAACAUAAAGGGCUCAUUCCGUUGUGUAAAGAAGAUUUGCCCAAAUUUACAAGUUCUGAGCUUCAAUGGAACAUGUGUAGAUCUCACAUGCAAUCCUGGCUUUAAACCUGUAAAUCAAGGGUGCAUUGAUAUUAAUGAAUGUGAGGAAAGAACCUCUCCUUGCCGUCGUAAUGAAAGGUGCAUCAACACCCAUGGGUCCUACCGCUGCCGCCCACUUUUGAACUGUGGGGUUGGAUACCAAAUUAAUGAAAUUGGAAAUCAGUGUGUCGAUAUUGAUGAAUGUGCUGAUGGGACUCAUCAGUGCACAGGAAAUCAACUUUGUUCCAAUCGCCAGGGCAGCUACAUAUGUCAGUGUCCACCUGGCUUUAGACUCAACAGUUUGCGACAGUGCCAGGAUGUAAAUGAAUGUGAAUCUUACUUUGGAAAUAUAUGUUCAAAUACAGCAGUGUGUGAAAACACAGAAGGUUCUUACCGCUGUAACUGUAAGAAAGGCUUCAAACACAAAGCAGAUGGACUUGCUUGUGAAGACGUGGAUGAAUGCACUGAAGUGGAAGGAAUCUGUCAUCACGAUUGUAUCAAUGUUUGGGGGUCAUAUCAGUGUACUUGUCGGCCAGGAUUUACCAUUGCUAGGGAUAACAGGACGUGUACAGACAUAGAUGAGUGUUUGGAAUACCGUGGUCGAGGCCGGCUUUGUAUUGGUAUCUGUGUAAAUACCCCGGGAACAUUCAAGUGCUCUUGUCCUGAUGGUUAUCAGUUAGCAUCAGAUGGUCACACUUGCAAAGACAUUGAUGAAUGUGAAACUAACUCACCUUGUCGAGGAGAAAACGAAAUAUGUGUCAAUACACGUGGAGGCUACAAGUGCAAUGCAAUUGAAUGCCCUGACUCAUAUACUCGAGACCUGGAACAUAAGAACCGCUGCAAGAAGGUUCCAGUGUUUUGCCGAGAUGACGAUGAGACAUGUCGCCGCCAGCCACUCAGCUACUCCUAUAACUUUUUGCCAUUAGUGAGCAAUUUGACUCUUCCACCAACAGGACAAGUAGAUCUCUUCACCAUGCGUGGUCCCCUUUGGUCGUAUACCACAGUGCAGUUUGACUUGGAGUUGGAGUCUGCCCGAGCACCUCUGGGGGUUGAAGCUGCCAAGCGGGAAUUCUUCCAUUUAAAACGAACCUCUUAUAAUCAAGCAGUUAUCUCUCUUGUAAGGCCGAUAACUGGCCCGCAGGAAGUGCAACUAGCUCUAAAUAUGCAGCUUUAUCAUCAAGGGGCUUUUGGAGGAUCUGCUAUUGCAAAACUUCUUAUUUAUGUGUCUGAAUAUGAUUUCUAAUAUGUAAAGUAUAUUUAAAUAUGAAAUCUAAAAUCUUAAACAAUAUCUUUUUAGUUGGUGUUGUAAUACAAAAUGAAUAAUUAAAAAGAUAGAAAAAAAAC